CCGGACCCGCAAUCAAAUACUGUUACGAACAGACACAAACGUUGUACAACACCAGCUAGCGGAUAUCACGAAUUCAGCAACUGCAUGGAGCCCAUGAUUUCAUCUUCUCAAGGUUAAGAAACAUCAUUAUGUUAUGAACAAUGAGAUAAAAUAGAAUGAGAAGCAAAAGUGAAAAGAUUUCAGUGUCGAGUGCUACAAAAGACCACUUAAAAAGAUAAUUACAAUAACCUAAGAGCCUAGCUGAAUCAGCAUAAUGAUUUCUCGACGGAUCGGAAAGUGUUUGUUUAUUCUGCUUAUCGUCUACUUAACGGUAACGGUUUAUAUCGCUUCGACAAUGCUGUUGUCUACAUCAACAGGUGUUGUAGACACGGAUUAUGGGUCCCCUGAGUCCAACGACGAGGAUGAUAUGUCUAACAUGAAGACAAAUAUAUUCAACGAAGAGAAAUAUCAACUCUUUCGAAUAAAGAAUUCUGAAUCUAGAAAAAGUCAACGCCAAACCAGUAUGAAUACAACCACAAAGAAAGUUGACAAGGAGUUCUUAUUUGAUAAUAUUAAAACACCGGAAGUGAAAAUGGGCAGACAAAUUUCCAAAACAAAGGAUGUGAACGUUAAAGUUAUGUUGGAUGAAUGGAAAAAGAAAAUGGAAUUACUGCGUCAUGAACAUCUUGAAAACGGUUAUGUCACCAAACUAAUGCAUUUAAAACGAAUCCUGGUUAAUGCUCCAGGUGCGUCAAACACAGGAAAUAUUAACGCCCCAAAUCAAAAUAAUGAAGAAGAAAACACCAAGAAACUAGUUAAUAAAAACAAUAUAGUGAUGGAUCGGCGUCGUAAUUCAGUAGACGCUUACAAAGAUCUUCCGAGGUAUCACCUUAACAUGCAAUCAAUCCCCGGAGAAAUAAAAGUGUACUCGGCGUUUUUAGAUGAAAGGAAACCUACCAAAUUCAUAAGGAUAGUUUUAAUAGGUAUUAGACUGGAACCUAAGAAAAGCACGGUUUGUAAAUUUCUCCUUGCUGAUCGAUCUAAUCACACAGUCACUUCGCAGAUGACCUUGUACGAGACUUGUGAAGGUCACAAUAAAUAUUUUACCUCGUAUAUUGGUUCAUGCGAGAUACCCGGUAUUGACAUUUUGCUUGAUCAGGUAGGGUUAGCUGUGGAUGGUGGUGACAUGGAUCUUUUUAUGAAGGUGAUUGAUAACGGUAAGAAGAAAACAACGGAAAUGCAGAAUUUCGCGAUAUGUGUACCUCCGCUCUUUGGUGACGUCAAUGUUUUAAGAUUGACAGAGUUUAUAGAAUUAUAUAGGAUACUCGGAGCUCAACAUUUUGUUUUUUAUCCCAAAUUCGUUUCGUCUGAGAUAUCGUCACUAUUGGACCAUUACCAGAGUUUAGGUAUAGCGACAGUAAUGCUUUGGAAUCUUACCAUUCCUCUUAACGAUAUCUGGUACCACGGCCAGUCAGCCUCGGUUUGGGAUUGUUUAUAUAGAACAAUGUUUAAAUUCAGACAUGUAGCUUUCAUUGACUUUGACGAAUUUAUCGUCCCAAAAAUGCAAAACACUUUACCGGAAUUUUUAACUUAUUUACAGGAAGAACAAAAUAUCAAUGACGAAAUUAUAUCGGCUUAUAAGUUCCAAAGUGCAUUCUUCGAUCCUAAAUUCUUUAAUGAUGAUGAUAUGCCGAAGUCGAUGGAGAUGCAGCGACUUGCAACAAUGAACAGGACUCAAAGAACAAGAAAGUUGAGCAAGAUAAGAACGAAAUUGGUUGUAAAUCCUGUUAACAUAUUCGAGGUUGGAAUACACCACGUCAGCAAGCCGAACGAGGAACAUUAUCAAUGCCUCGAUAUUAACCCUAAGCUUGCAUUUAUCCAUCAUUAUCGUGAGUGCAAGGGAGACUAUGGCAUGAAUUGUAAAUUAACAACCAGAGAUACCUCAAUGUUAAAGUACAAUACCUCACUUGUUAACGGUGUAAAACAACACCUAGGGGCAGCUAAACUACAUAGACCACCUGUUUAGUUUCAGUUUUAGGCAGUUAGUAACAUGAGUAUAAUUUAUACGAUCUUGAAAGUUUCAUUUUGUUCCUCUGUCAAUCAAAGUUAUCACUGGUUGAUUUAACACAUUAAGAUAAUAUUCUCAGAGGACUGGAUCAAAUACUGCAAACCGUUAUCAUUUCGUGAAGUCUAUAAUUUUCGCCUUUUUUUUAAUUUUUGCGAAUAUUUUGUAAAAUAACUAAUAAAUAGCAGCCGUUGGUAUUUUUGCAUUAAUUUGCGAGUAGAGAUGGUAGCUGUUUCAAUAUUUUGGGAAUAUUUUGUCAAAGAAGGAACACAUAAACGCCGUUUUUUCUUUCAAAACUUGAAGUCCUCGCAAAAAUGUCGUUGCAAAAAAAAAGCGAGAAUAAUAUUAUUCGCGAAGAUUACAUAAUUUGCAACAUACACAUUUUAGGUAACCUAUACAUGUUGUAUAUAUUUAUUGUAUUCGCUACAAGAAUCUCUAUGGAGGACUUUAUAAAUUUUGUCACAGUAGUUUAAAGUUAAAAUCAAUAUGUUUAAUUAUUUUCUGCCAUAACAUCUUUUUUUCUGUCAUGAGAAUAAGAGAAGACCCUUAUAUUAUCAUUAAAUUUUACAUGAGCACGCCUCAUACCAAAAGGUUCAUAAGCCAUCCCUACAUCGUACCCCCUUGUCAAUGAAUAAUUACAUAAUUAAUAUUUUUUAUAAUAUACAGUGUAUAUAUUUAAAUAUUUUGCUUACUCGACAAUUUUCAAGAGAUAUGGACAAGCUGUGCCUGCACAAAAUUCAUUUUUGUAUAUUCAAAUUAAAAUCAAAAGACAGUCAAUACCUCAUGGUACUUCUUUAAAACAGCCAGCACAAAUAUUGUUGGCACUACAUAAAAGUGAAUGCUUUCAUAAUAAUCAAUGCUGUUGCAUAGCAUCAACCAUAUGUAUGCUAAUCUAAAUCCUAUGCGCAAACAAUCGCCACCUUGGGCCCUGAUAUGUUUAGAUAUACGACACUAUAGUAUACUUUACUACAUGAACACUCAAGUAAAAGUAUGUAGUGUUGUAUGGAAUAUAUUUGUAUGAUAUUGGAUAUGUUUUAAUUUCCCAUACAAUGUCAAUCAAAGUUAAAAUAUAUUACUACCAGCGACACAGUUAUGAAUUCCUGCAUUAAACACAUCUGGGGGUGCAAUUUACAGAAAGACAGUUGUUUGAAAUAUUAAUAUUUGGAAAUAACAAAAAAAGAACUGGAAUUAAAGACAUCGGACUGGAGAUACAACAUCUGCCAAUCCCACACGUUACCACGAUUCUUAUAAGAAAUGAACACUAUCAAAAUGAAAGAUCAAAACCUUGCGAAGGGAAAUAACUCUAGGACAAUUUGCUUUGUCAUCAUCAUGUACAAAUAAGGAAAAAUGCCUGAGGUAGAACUAAAAUUGCUGUAAAAUGGAAAUCUUCUCUGCUAUUUUAGUGAAUUAUAGUAAAUCAAUCAAAAUUGCUUGUAUAGGAACCGAAUUCUUAUCUGACCAUGCAGAGUAGAAAGAAUAUUAUCCAAGUGUCACCUCCAAACAGUGGAAGCAGGUUAAGGUAUCCGACAGUUAAACCUUGGUUUUAGAACAUUCGUGUAUACAAAAUAUCAACCAUCAAACCUAAAAUAAAUUCGGCUUGAUAGAUACCCAUACAGGUCGACAAAGGUGAAGGAUUAAAAAAAUGCCUUUUGAAAUUGUAAGAACAGUUGUAAAGAAAGAGGAUUGCUGUACAAUGAGAUAUCCGGAGCAUCUCACAAUUCAACAGAAGCUACACAUACUAUUUGUUUAUAUCCCGUCUUCCUAGCAGUAUAAUUAAAACAAAGAGGAGGUUGAAAGCAUCAAAGCAGAGGCUUGAAACCAAAAUGUGACAAAUGGAGACUCAAAAAAAUCGUACCGGGGAACAAAACAUGGUUGCAUUUCUGAUUCUGAUGGAAAACUCGAUAACAAGAUGAUUCGGUAUCCAAGAGCUUGCCCCAAUACAGUGACUUUUGUGACAGAUGUCGACUGCUGACGGAUACAAUUACAACAGAAGGUUCCAACAAAUGCCGGUUGAUGCCGGUGAUAUUGAGGCGGAUGUUUAUAUCUUGCUGUUUAGUGUACCUUGUUGUUUUGUUGUCACUAGUCCAGCUCUCGCUUACAGGACGUUGAAGAGUUCAAUGGCUGGUGACGACGACUGUCUUGUUUACAUUACAAAUGAAUGUAUUAGUUUCUCCGUGUAACACUGACUUGGUCAUAUUACGUAGAAGGAUUAGUAUAAAGUAAAAGCCUACCUGGCAUAUGUAACUAUAUCUACAAUGAGUGACAUCCGGCACUCAAACUACCUGCAAAUUAUCAGUGCUGUAUGUAUUUAACUACUAAAUGCACUCGUUGUAAAUUAGUUGGUUUCUCGAAUCUGUUCGGACGCAUCGAGUAUAUUGUGGAAAAUCAAAACCUUUAUUCUGUCUUCAAUUUCACUCGCAGUUUCACUUAAACAAUAGUUAAAAAAGCAUGGUAUGUUCUGGAUAUCUGCGAAGUUUCUUCAUGUUAAUUCGGUUAUGAAAUAUACGGUAUUGGCAAGAACAAAUUCUUUGUUUAUUUUUGAAAAAUGUCGGAAAUUUACAGUUGUCAUUUCAAAUUCUUUUCUAUUCAUGGAUUGACCUUACUUUAUGAAUUUGCUUGACAUGAAAUAUUGUACU